GGAUGCAGAGCCCAGAGUGUCUCAGGUUUGUGCUGAUAGGUAAGACUGGCUGUGGAAAGAGCUCAUCAGGAAACACAAUUCUAGGAAGAGCAGAUACAUUUUUAUCUAAACCUUUCCAAAAGUCGGUCACCAAACGUUGUCAGAAAGAACAGGGUGAUGUGAACGGUCGUCCGGUUGUUGUGGUCAACACUCCUGGACUGUUUGACAGCAGUUUAUCACAUGAAGAGAUCAAUGAGGAGAUGGUGAAAUGCAUCAGCCUCCUGGCUCCAGGACCACACGUCUUCCUGUUGGUGUUACAGAUCGGCAGAUUCACCCCAGAGGAGCAGGAGACACUGGAACUGAUCAGGAAAGGUUUUGGGAAGAAUUCAGAAAUGUUCACCAUCAUUCUUUUAACAAAAGGAGAUACACUGGAACAUGUAAAUGUGUCUGUUGAAGAAUACAUUGAAAACUCUGAAGAUUCCUUCAAGAAGCUGAUCUCUGACUGUGGAGGAAGGGUGCAUGUGUUUAACAACUAUGAUAAGCAAAACCGCUCACAGGUCAGUGAGCUGAUAACAAAGAUUGACACCAUGGUGAAGAACAAUGGAGGAAACUGCUUCACUAAUGAGAUGCUGGAAGAAGCUGAAGCAGCGAUACAGAAAGAAGUGGAGAGACUCCUGAAGGAGAAGGAAGAAGAGAUGAAGAGACAGAGAGAGGAGCUUGAAAGAAAACAUGAGGAAGAAAUGAAAGCAAUGACAAAAAGAAUGGAAGAAGAGAAGAAAAAACUUCAGCAGGAAAGAGACCAGAAACUCAAGGAGAUGGAAGAAAAUAUAAAGGAGCGUGAGGAGAGAAAGAAAGAACAGGAAAUGAGAGAAGAAGAGAACAGGAAAUGGAAAAAUGAGGAAGAAUUACACAGACAGGAUUUGAAAACACAACUUGAAAUGUUGGACAAACAAAUUCAGUCAGAAAAAGAGGAAAAGAAAAGUGUGAACAAAGAGCUGGAAGAGAACAGAGAAAAGACGAGGAGAAAACAAGAAGCCUGGGAGAAAGAACGAAGUGAACGGUGGGAGAAACGAAGACAAGAAGAUGAACAGAGACGAGAGGAAGAGCAAAUAAAACUUGAAAACCUUGAAGAAAUGUACAAGCAGGAAAUAGAAAAAAAUGAAAAGAAAAGAAAAGAAGAAGACGAAAUGAGGAGAGAAGAGGAGAAGAAAGAACAAAAUCAGCUGGAGGAAAACCAUAAAACAAGUUUGGAAAAUCUGAAGAAGAUGUAUGAAGAUGAGGCCAGAAAGAAAGCUGAAGAGUUCAAUGAUUUCAAAGAGAAACACAAAGAGGCAUUGCAGGAGCAUGAGAAGAAAAUUAAAGACAAAGAUGAGCAGUAUGACCUGUUAAAGGCUCUGGCUGAGCACAAGGAAAAACAAAAGAGAGAAAAGCAUCAAGCAGAAAUCAAAGAUGUGAUAAAAUGUCUUUCCAAGAAGAGAGGAAACGUGAAAAAAAUCAAAGAUUUGCUGAUAAAACAUGAGGAUCAAAUGAAGAUUGCAAAAACCCAGGAUGAAAAAGAAAACCUGCAGAACAUCCAUGAAACAGAAAUAAGUGAACUAAUACAAAAACUUCUGGAUGAAGUUGAGACAAAACCUCCCUGCAGCAUUUUAUGA